AGAAACGCAGAAGUGCGCAAUUUAGCUAUAUCAGAGCGGCGAGUUCGUCCAUAGCGUAUUCAUCUCGCUUCCGACAUCGAUACCUCGAUCGACGAGCCUUCUGAUACUAAUAUGUGGCGAAACCCAACCACAACAACAACCCGGGCCCCGCGAUGCACUCAAUACACAAUUCCUGCCGGCGUGUUAUUCCUGCCGUCGUCGACUACGCAGACGGUUCCUACCGGUGCGAUAUUUGCGCCGGCGUGUGAGACCUCGCAGAGUUCGUUGUUGGUCACGUCUAUAUCUGCGGAUGAGCUCACCAAUCCGUUUUAUUCCUCAAUCAUUCCUAUUGCAUACACAGUAGCAGGCACGACUGUGCUGUCGUGGGUCCUGUUUUUACUUUUGGUGAUAACGCUGCAGACGAGACCAUAUCUACAAAAACUGGCAACAUUAACAGUAGCGAUAUCGCUUACGAUAGCUUUGGCGGAAAUCACAAACAUCCUCAAGCGACAGUACGAAAACUCCUACGACGAUGCAGAGGAGUUGCGGUCUUACAUCGACGACGGCCUGGCGCUCAAGGUCAUGCGAGUCGUCUCUGAUGUCUUUCUCUGGCUAGCGCAGGUUCAGACUUUGAUCAGACUGUUUCCGCGGCAUAGAGAGAAGAAGAUUAUCAAAUGGCUGGGACUGGUGCUCAUUGUUAUCGAUACAGUUUUCUGGUCGCUAAAAUCAUUCCUCCCAGCAAGAGACAACGACGAUUCGUUCCGCGACGCGAUCCCGGCUCUCGCCUACCUAUUCCAAGUCAUCUUAUCGGUGCUGUAUUCGGCCUACGUCGUAUAUUACUCUGUCAACAAGCGAAGAUUUGCAUACCAUGCCAGCAACCUCAUUCUUGCGGUGAUGUCACUAGUCGCAGUCAUGACUCCAAUCAUCUUCUUUCUUCUCGAUAUCUCGCGGCAAUACAUUUCCGGCUGGGGUGACUUCGUUCGCUGGGUCGGAGCAGCAGCCGCGAGCGUGGUGGUGUGGGAAUGGGUUGAGCGGAUAGAGUAUCUUGAGAGUAAAGAACAGGAAACCGGAGUUCUUGGUCGUCAAGUGUUUGAAGACGAGAUGCUCGAAACCGGAACCAGCCGAGGCGCUCGAGCACCGCGCGACAGUCGAGUUCGAAACCGAAGACGGCGGCGGCGGCCACCACCGCCGGGCGGAGAUGGAGCAGAUGGGCACGAUGAUCGACGGCGGAGAGUGGCAUCGAACGACGACGGCGCGAAUGAUAGCGACAGUUAUAAUUACCGACGCGGUAACGGCGGCGAGAACGGUAACGGUGAAACAGGCUCGAGUGCUUUCGGAGGGUCUCGUCGUGCGUCAUUGGCUGGUAGUCAAAUAGCAGGUACAUCGGGGCGAAGAAGCCGGAACAGCGUAUUGGCUCACGGCACUGGCUCAGCACCGGCGAGUUCGAUGCGUUCACACUCUCCGCGGAUAUUGGAGAGCGGAGUGGCGGGGGAUGUGUACGAUGAUGUUGACCUGGAAGCGGGGGCUGGUGGACGCCGGGCGUCUUCAGAGAUGGACGAGGCAGCGCGGAAAGAAGGAGGCAGAAGUCUGGCUAUACGACUACGAUCACGGCGACGGCGGCGACAUGACCACGCAGCAGGAGGAGAUGGCAGUGGCGGUCAAGGCGGGGAAGGAAGUCGCAGUGAGAGUUUUGCGACGAGCGUGAUGGAGCUGAUUGAGUCUGGCCGGGCGUUCUUCUUUGGCGGUCGACCAUCCUCGAGAGCGACGACGGGUACGAGCGCGACUAGUUAUCGCGUGAAUGGCGGGUCGAGUAUAAAUAUGGAGAACAACCGGCCAGGAACGACGCCAUCGCCGGCGAACGUUGGAUUCAGCACGUCGAGCGAGGAGCCGCGAGUUCGACAUAUCCACCCGCUGAAGCGAGGACUGUCGCGGUCGAUGUACUCCCAUGCGCCAUCGCCGCAGUCGUUUGCGCUCGGUGGUUCGCAGAGUACUGGGCCCAGUACAGGAGGGCCUUCGCCGAUGCCGCCAGGGACAGCAAACACGCCAACACCGAGCGUGACUUUCCACGAAGACGUACUGAGACGGUCUCCUGCAGCUGUGGGAGGAAACUCCACGCUGACUAGUGUAACGGAGGGCGAACGGCUUUGGAGCCGUCAAGGUUUACGGAGUGCGAGCAGCGAUAACGAAAGCGGCAACAACAACGCCAGGCCUGGCGAGGGAGUUAGGGGCGAAGUCAGCAAUCACAAUGUUGGGUACGACGUGGGUGGACCAUCAGCGAAUUCAGAAAUCGUGAUGAACAGUCGAUCGAUGCUAGCCGAGAUCCGAGGAAAUGCCGGAGAGGAUGAGCCGCCAGCGUUCGAGCCUCUUCCGGGUUUCGACCGCGGCGACUACUGGGACGAAAAGGCCGCGGCGGAGACGCAGGAGCACACGACGAGCGGUGCCGAAGCAGCAGAGCGCUUGGCGGAAUCAGAGGCAGGAGCAGGAGCAGGUCCGCGGGGCGCAAGGCGAGCGGUGCUGGAGCCGACGGAGCAUGGUGUGCGGCGAGCGGUGCAGCGACUGACGGGGGCACGCGACUGGGUUGUGAUGGACGAGGGCGAAGGCCGUGAUGUGGAGUAGCAGAGAGCAGAGAGGCGCCGGUCCACGCGCUGAGGUUUAUUUAUUUAUUUUCAUUUAUAUUCAUUUAUUUUCGGAUUCAUUGUAUUUGAGGAUUUGUGUUUGUUUUGGAUUGGUCUGGUUUCUGCUGCUUGAGGAGUAUAAUGGAGUCUUUAUGUUUUCGUUUUGACUUUAGCGGUAUAUUAGAAAUACAAAGCUAAAGAGAUCAAGAGGAGGGUCGGGGACGCGUGAAGAGAAGUGGCGGAGGGGUUGUGGAGAGUA